CGACUUAGUUAUGACGUAGGAAAUGGUAACACACCAAUAUGGCGGCGAUUACCAAAAACAUUGCCAAAAACGAGGCCGAUAAGCAAUCCUUAGUGUGUAUUAUCCUUGGGUACCGACUACCGAACUCCGACCGGCAUCUACCAAACGGGACGUGGGACGUGUGUCCUAUCCCCGUUGAGAUAUCCCGAGUUAAGAAUACACCUACGUUUACCCUUGACGUUUACAGAAUCAAUCAUAUAAACUUGAAUACAAAAUUUGCUUUUGAAGUGACUUGUUUACUCUUUGGAAUAAAUUAUUAAAAUUUUAUUGUUAUCACAAAAGAAACAAUUUAAAAUACUCGUACUCUGUUGACUUAUGAAUUAAUCAUUCAUUGUAUAGCCUGGCUUGCUAAAUAAACCACUCCACACAACACAAUAACCAAAUUUAAAUUUUAUAUAGCAAAAGAAGAGGUUUUUAGGAAUUUUGCAAUAUGAUAAGAUAGAAACAUUCAGCAUAAACCUAAAAGAUCAACGCGUUAAAGUAAAGUCAGCUUUGUCUGCUGAUGAAGUGCUCGAGAUGAUAAAGAAAACAGGUAAAGAUACUGAACAUGUCUCCACUACAUUAUGUUGAUGCAUAAACUGAAAAAUCAAGGACUUUUCACAUCAUUAAUGGUUGGGUAUUUUAUGUAUAAGAAGCAGCUAUACACUUUAUUAAAUUUGUCUAUAAUUUUUUUAUCAUUUAAUUGUUUGUAUUUAUAAUAGUCUUUCAAUAAAAUAACUCUCAAGAUAUA